AUCAAGAAAACUCCGCGAUACUUUGAGGGACUUCAACGUUUCGGUUGAAAACCUCAGAGUUUAGGUUUAGGUUUCAGUCAUCACAUUUGCCCGGAUUUUUAUUAUAUAACACCGCUAGGUAGCCCGUAGUCAGACGAAGAAGUUCAUCUGCUAUACUGUAAAGAUCAUGGCCCAUUUGCCACAGCAUGGCCCAUUUCCCACCCUAUGUGCCAUAGCUAAAUGGUAUGACAGACGAGACUUUGUUUUUGUAGAGUUCUGCGUGGAAGACAGUAAAGAUGUACAUGUCCAGUUUGACAAGUCAAAAUUUGAGUUUAGUUGUGUCAGCAGAAGAGACAAAUACUACAAUGACAUUGAGCUUUUUGGGGAAAUUGAUCCCAAACAAUCAAAACACAGCCGCACAGACAGGUCUGUGCAGUGUUGUUUACAAAAAGCAGAAGUUGGGAAACCAUGGCCACGACUUACCAAAGAAAAAGCAAAGUUUAAAUGGUUGAGUGUGGAUUUCAACAACUGGAGAGACUGGGACGAUGACUCGGAUGAGGACAUGUCAAGUUUUGACAACUUCUCUGAGAUGAUGAACAACAUGGGUGGAGAUGAUUUACCCGAUUUUGAUGGUGCAGAAGAACAUGAUUCUGCAGACGGAGAUGAUGAAAAGAUGCCAGACCUCGAGUAGGCAAACAUGGUUGCCACCUCACUAGAGAUCAAAACAAGUCGUGAGUCUGAAGAACGAAAUUGGGCAAUGAGUUGGCAGCCACAUUGAAGAAGAACCUCUCUCUAUACCCUGUUUCCAAAGUGAAAUCCCUGCAGAGAGCGACGGGGGGUGACUGUUGGAUACAGACAUGCACAGGCGUCCAUAACAACAUACAGUGCUGUGCUUUGCUGUUUUGUUCUGCAUGGACGAUUCUGUUCAAAUGAAAAUGUUGUUCCCUGGCUUAAAUUACUAUUGGGAUGUGCUGAUGUCUUAUACCCUGUUUCUCUUCUGUUUUGUUGUUUUUUUUUUGUUUUUUUUUCUGGUGUCAGGUUAUGUAAACACAUUGUGAUUUUUAAUGACAAAAAAGAAACUGAAAAUGCCUAUUUUCCAAGAAGUACAUUUUCUAAUGACAGACUUUCCCCUCUUUAAUGUUUGUAUUGUAAAUUGCACUUAUGUUUAAUUUAAGUGGCAAGAGUUCUGCUUUAAAUUGGUUUUUUGAUGUCUUUGGUCAUAUGCAAAUAUUUAACAGUAAUUUCACGUUUUUUGAUAUGUCGCAGCAUUUAAAAUUAACAUGCUUGUACAACUACAGAUUUGUUAAAAAUAUGGCGGUUGAGUUUACGAUCUUAUGUGUUCACAUCUUGGAAAGGCAUUGUUUUCUUUAUGCAAUCCAUUAAAGAGAUCUUUCAUUGUUGCAAAUAAAACA